AUGAAUGUGCUUCGGGAAAUUAGCAGUGCCUCGAGAGAUAUUAAGCUUCUUUGGGCGUCCGUUUUUUUCAGACUUUUCGCCUAUGGAUUGACGAACCAAGUGCUGACGCUGUUUUUGAAUGGCAUUAACCUUGAGGAGAGUGAAAUUGGUGUGUUCAUGUCUCUGACGUUGAUUGGCGAUGUUCUGUGUUCUUAUGUGCUGACGUGGUACGCUGAUUCGUGGGGCAGAAGGAGAAUUUUGGUUUACGGAUCAGUGAUGAUGGUGCUGAGUGGCAUUGCGUUUGCCUACAGCGAAAAUUUCCAUGUAUUGCUCUUCUUUGCCAUUAUCGGCGUUAUUUCACCUUCCAGUGACGAGGUAGGCCCGUUCAAAUCGGUUGAAGAGUCGAUGAUUGCGCACUUGACGCCGAACAACAGGAGACCAGAGGUGUACGCAAUCCACGCCCUGGUGGGGACCACAGGGGCCGCGUUGGGAGCUAUCGCAUGCGGUGCAUUCAUCGACGUGGUCAAAUACACGGGAAUGUACACGGAGGACCUCCAAUGCUACAAACUGGUUUUCCUUGUGUAUGCGCUGCUAGCGUUCGUUAAGGUGAUAAUUAUGCUGUUCUUGUCCGAUAGAACGGAGCUGGACUGCGAUCACGCUGAGCUGUCCUCUCCAGAAGCACUAAUCGAGGACGAAAUGGCACCUCUGAUGCAAAGUGCGGAGCAAAGGAAUAGAGGCCUCUCGAAGGACACCAAGUCAAUCUUAAUCAAACUGCUGGUGAUCUUUAUGGUCGACUCUCUUGGUAUGGGAUUCAUGACCAGCGGAUGGAUGGUCUACUACUAUGCCAAGCAGUUCUUGAUGAGUUCUUUUGCGCUGGGGACGCUGUUCUUUGUGUCUAAGAUCGUUACGGCUUCUUCCACUAUACCAUCCUCUGCAAUUGCCAAGACUCUUGGUCCAGUGAAGGCUACGCUUCUGGUGCAGGUGGCUUCCGGGGUCUUUUCCAUUUUAAUUCCUCUGGCUCACAAUUGCCUGCCACUCUCCAUUCUUUUGCUGAACCUCCAUUUUGCCACGACCGCCAUGGAUGUCACACCUCGUCAGAUUCUGUUAACGAAUCUUAUCAUGCCACAGGACUUGACUAAGGUCAUGGGAGUUGUAAAUAUCGGUAAGACUUUGGCUCGUUGUGUUGGUCCCGUAUUCACCGGACUGUUGGCGUCAGCGGAUCGCUUAUGGCUUUGCUACGUAAUCAGCGGAGGUUUGGUAAUCUGUGCCGACUGUCUGCUAGCUUUCUGGUUCUUGCAUGUUGAUCUGGAGCUAACUAAACAGUUGAACAGUUGA